AGUGUAAUAUCCUGACCCCUAUUAAUUAUGUCAUUAUAAAAAUAAGUCAACAAGUACUGUAUGAGAUUUAAGAAGUAAAAGAAUAGAGUCAAUCAUAUUAUACAAGUCUUAUGUAGGGGACAAGCUUUUAUUUUUCAGUAUUACAAGUUAGGUUGGGGUAUUUGAAAUGGUCAUUUUAUCCAUUGUAUUAACUUUACUUCUUUUGAUUGAAACUAGAACAAAAAAGGAAUCCAGCGAGAAGUUGACAUCCUAGAAGCAGUUAAGGGCCACAAAAAUGUGAUUGGCUUUUAUGGGGCAUUUUACCACCCUGCCUCUGUGAAGAUGCCGGAACGUGAAGGACUGUGGAUUUCUAUGGAGCGUUGGUCUGGUGUAUCCGUGCAAGAACUCAUCAACACCAGACGCUCCCUGUCAGAGGACUGGAUUGCCUAUAUCUGCAGGGAGGUGUUACAGGGCCUGUGUCAUCUUCAUAAACAGAAGGUCAUCCAUCACGACCUGAGGCCCCAGAAUAUAAUAGUGACAUCAUCCGCUGAUGUAAAGAUCACCGACUUCAGCUCUGCCACCAUGGAGACAAGCAGUGUUAGUACUUCUGGGACUAUACCAUACAUGGCCCCAGAAGUACUCAGCAACAUUAGCACCAAGACCAUCCGCUACAACUCUAAGGCUGAUAUCUGGUCAUUGGGAAUAUCAGCGCUGGAAAUGGCAGAAGGAUAUUAUCCAUUCAGCAGACUUCCCGAAAAUAAGCUGAUGAAGAGGGUUAUGCACGGUCCCGCACCAACAUUACUAUGGGACAAAUGGAGUGACAACUUUCGUGCAUUCAUCAGCAAAAUCCUCCAAAAGAAUGCAGCGUGGAGACCCUCUGCAGAGCAGCUACUGUCACACCCCUUCAUAUCAAAUAUCCCAAAUGAGAGGGGUGUGACUGAUUCCAUCAAGUGGUACCUGCAUUAAGGAAUGAAGAACUGAAGAAAUAGCAGCCAUCGGGGGAGGGACGGGGGCACAAUUGUAGGGCCCUAAUAUCAUCUUUGGGCCCUGCAGAAAAACAUGGUCCCGAUGGCAGCUUUAGAAGAUUAAGAACAUCAGCUUUAGAAGAUUACCAUCAAUUUGAUAUUUUAUAUUAUUCAAUUCAAUAAACAUUUUAAAAUUACAUUGACCUCUAGUGUGUUUUUUUAAUAGGGAGACAUCCCUAAUCACCUCCAAGCCCACUGUUGGCUCAUAUUCAUCUUCCUUUUAAUAUUAGUUCUAAUGACCUGGACACAAUCUCAUUAACACUUAGGGGCAAAAUCACUAACCUCCGGAAAUUUGCCGGCGACGCCUUCACUCACAUCCCCACACUUUG